AUGCGGUUUAUGGUUUUGAAGAUGGGGAUGCCUCACUCAGAGAUCGUUGCAUGCUUUUCCUCUGGUCUCUGCCUUGCUCUUGGUGGUCGUCUCUGCCUUUUGGGUGCGUCUUCUCCUUCAUCCAUGGGUCGAAGGUCCUCUGUGGCAUCAUGUUCCUCCUUGUCUGGUCGGCAGCUUCUGGGUUCUUGGCAGAUUGGAUUGUUGAGCGGCGGCAGCGAUCUCUUUGUGGUGGUUCAUUCUAGAUAG